CAGAGACAGAGAGAACGUCUACAAAGGGCAGGCUCUCAUUCAGCUGGGAAACAUGUGCACUUCUUUCCAAGUCCAGUUUCUGUAAACCCAAGGCUGCGAGCAGUAUCGAUCUCAAUGAGAGAAUUACCAGGAUUAUAGCUAAAGGUUUGGACGAUUAAUGGUUCCCUGUUGAAAAAAUCAAGACAGCUGUAUGAUGGUUUACAAAGUAUCCUCCAUGAACUGGAUCCUAAGUUGCCUGAGCUUUGUGCUUCUAUCUUUGAUCAGUGCAGCUCAAAAUGAAGACUUAAGAAGCUGCCGGACCGCACCAUCUGAUCUAGUCUUCAUUUUAGAUGGCUCAUGGAGCGUUGUAGAUAUCAACUUUGAAAUUGUAAAGGGAUGGCUUGUCAACAUAACAACCAGCUUCAACAUUGGACAGAAGUUUACUCAGGUUGGUGUGGUCCAGUAUAGUGACGACCCAGUUUUAGAAAUACCUCUGGGGAAGUUCUCCUCAAAGAAAGACCUCAUCAGAGCGAUGGAGAAUAUAGAGUACAUGGGAGGAAACACAAGGACAGGGACAGCCAUCAAGUUUGCAACUGAUAAGUUGUUUGGACUUUCUGAACGGGGUCCAGCAGGAAUUUCGAGAAUUGCUGUUGUCCUCACAGAUGGGAAAUCUCAAGAUGAGGUCCUGAAAGCAGCUGAGGCAGCAAGAAAAAAAGGGGUGAUUCUCUUUGCAAUUGGAGUUGGACCCGAGACAGAGCAGGAUGAGUUGAGGGACAUUGCAAAUAAACCUUCUUCAACGUACGUGUUCUCUGUUGAGGACUAUAAAGCAAUUUCCAGGAUUAUACAGGUCAUACGCCAGAAACUAUGUGAAGAAACUGUUUGUCCAGCAAAAAUUCCAACAGAUUCACGGGAUGAGAAGGGCUUUGAUAUUCUCUUAAAUUUAAAUUUGGCUAAAAAAGCAAAAAAGACACAAGGAUCUCUUUUUGUUAAUAAGGCAUAUGAAGUCACAUCUGCUGUUGACUUGAGUGAGGCUACAAGGAGCCUUUUUCCUGAUGGUCUCCCCCCAUCAUAUGUGUUUGUGGCUACAUUGAGGUAUAAAGGAUCUGUAGCCACAGAGAAGUGGGACCUGUGGAGAAUACAGACCCUUGACGGAGAGCCUCAGAUGGCAGUCACUCUUGAUGGUCUAGAUAAUACUGUCAUGUUCACGACAACCAGCAAUGCACCAAGCGGAAUUCAAACUGUUAAAUUUUCACAGCAGACAGCAAGGAUGCUGUUUGAUGAAAAAUGGCACCAGCUGCGGCUACUGGUAACUGAAGAGGAUGUAACUCUUUAUGUUGACAACAUGGAAAUUGAAACACAACCACUUGAGCCCUCUGUUGGGAUUUUCAUCAAUGGAAAAACCCAAGUUGGAAAAUAUGUAAAUAAGGAAGCAACUGUACCGUUUGAAAUUCAGAAACUUCGCAUUUACUGUGACCCUGCGCAGAACAUGAGAGAGACUGCGUGUGAAAUACCUGGAGUUUGCUCCAACAGUCCUCCUUAUGUUGAACCAACACAAGAACCUUGUGCCUGUCCUCCCGGACCUCCCGGACCACCAGGGACAACAGGGGAAAAGGGAAGCACUGGUAUGCCUGGUCAGCCUGGAGCUGCUGGUGCUGAUGGUAAGCCUGGUACUCCUGGUCUUAGAGGAAUUCCUGGGAUUCCUGGUCAACCAGGACUGAAGGGGACACGCGGAGCUGAUGGAUACAAGGGUGAGCCAGGAAGACCAGGUGUUUCGGGUGAGAGGGGUUUGCCUGGAUUACCUGGACUGCCUGGACAGCAAGGAGAGAAGGGGUCAAUGGGAUUACCAGGGACCACAGGGUUACCUGGUAUGCCUGGUCAUUUGGGGGGGAAAGGAAGUAUAGGACCUCCCGGACCACCUGGUUUCCCUGGAACGCCUGGUUUCCCUGGGAGAGAUGGAAAAGAUGGAAUUCAUGGAAUUCCCGGUCAAAAGGGUGAAGUUGGAGCCAUUGGUAAUCCUGGUUUUGACGGGAGGCAAGGUCAUCCUGGUGUUCCUGGUUUGCCAGGAAAUGUAGGCUUGAAAGGAGAAAAGGGGGAAACUGGUGAGCCUGGAUCAAAGGGCAUCAAAGGAUCAGAUGGCCUACAUGGGGAAAUUGGCUUGCCUGGUGAACCUGGUAUGAGGGGACCAAUAGGACCCAAGGGCAUCAAGGGUGACAGGGGAAAUCAAGGAAUAAGAGGAUCACCCGGGCUUAUGGGCAAUGCAGGAGAACCAGGUUCACCAGGUCUGCCAGGACACCCAGGCAUGCCAGGCCAGAGGGGAAGCAAGGGAGAAAGGGGAAGUACAGGUGAAACGGGAGCAAUGGGGAUAAAAGGUGAUCAAGGAGAACAUGGACAACCAGGAGUUCCAGGGUCACCUGGUCCAAUGGGAUUGAAGGGAGAGAAAGGGAUAGCAGGGGAUCCAGGACAGAGAGGACCAGAAGGUCAAACUGGGCGGCCUGGACAACCAGGUCGGUCUGGCCCAACUGGUCCACAAGGGAUCCGAGGGGACACAGGCCCACCUGGACCACCUGGACCUGAAGGCAGAUCUACAAGUGCAAUGUCAGAUAGUCACAUCCGGCAAAUCUGCAGAGACAUUCUGAGAAGUGAGCUGCCUUUAUUAAUGCUAAGCAACCAGCAGAGUAGCUGUUCAAGAUGUCAAGGUCAACCUGGAUCUCCUGGUCCACAAGGUCCAGCUGGUCCCCAGGGUCUUCGAGGUCUUCCAGGGCUUAGUGGUUCCAGAGGACACCCAGGUCGUCCAGGGCGUCCUGGGAUUAUCGGGCUCAAAGGAGAACCGGGUUACAAAGGUGAGAAGGGGAACCCUGGUCAAGUAAUGGUUGGAGACCAGGGACCUCCUGGGCCUCCAGGGCCCAUUGGUCCCCAAGGGUACAGCAAAACAGGCCCUCCUGGUAAGCCUGGGCUUCCUGGUCAAAAUGGAGCAGAGGGUAAACCAGGUAAUCCUGGCGUUCCGGGCCAGCCCGGGGUAUGUGACCCAUCACUGUGCUACGCUAGCAUGAUGAGAAGGAGUUCAUUCAGCAAAGGCCCAAACUAUUGACAUAUUGAAAUGUCAUGAACAUCUCCAAUCUACAGCUGAUGUGGAACAAACAGCCAUUCUCAGGAAGAUUUCAUCUCUACAGUUUAUCUUUGACUUUGAAACUAAAAGUACCUCCUCUGACAUUUUGUGUGCUUACAUUCAACAUUAUUGUAUUUUUUAACAUGCAUAUUGAAUAUAAUUAAGAUUAUUGUUAUUUUUUUGUCUUUUAACAUUUUUUGAGGUUUUCGGGAUGUUAUGAGAUCAGAAAAUUGGCUCCUUUGAAUACCUCCAUCUGAGAACCUUGAAAUCUUGUGUCAUUGUGGCUGGUACACUUCCCUAUAGUGCCCCCUUGUGUUUCUUUAGUGCAUGAUGCUCCUAACUAAAUUCACUGCUCAGACAGUGAACCUCACAGACUGCAAAGUUUUUAAUUUUUUUUUUUUUACAUGAUUUCAUUUUUUUUCUCUUUUGUUAUAAUCAACAUUUUCUGUAAAGUUGGCAUGUGAAGAUUUUUUUUCUUUCGUACUGAUGGUGAACUUUUCUUUUAAUCUUUCCAAGCAGGUAUUGAAUAACCUGAGAUAACAUAGCACUGUCCCCAACAGUCUUUAAAAGACCUUACUCUUCAUAUUUAGGAUGGAAAUCUUAGAAAGAUUUCUCAUGUAGAAAUUUCAACACUCACCAGGAUUAUUUGUAAUUGUUCCAUUAGGUAUUUUGUUGUUAUUUAUAAGAGUCAUAUGUGUGCAUUGAAGCAGUAAAGCAUCUUUAACAAUUGUGUUAAUGUUAUGAUUUUAUGACCUUUGUAUUUUUUUUCUGUCAUCUUUUAUAAA